AUGCCGCUGGAGACAAUUGGUUGGUAUGGACUGGGAUCCAUGGGCACCAAGAUGGCACUGAACCUCCAGAGGCAUUUAUCUGCACAAGGAAUGGCUCCUCUGCGUUACAGUAACCGCACGCUGUCGAAAGGGGACGAACUUCAAAAAAUCGGGGCUAUCCCGGAACCUGAGUUUGAGGAGUUAGUGAACCGAUCAUCCAUCGUCUUCACUAUGAUUACCGAUGACCAAGUGCUGGAGAAGCUUGUCGCUGAGGUGUUGCAGAAAGAUAUCAAUCUGCAGGGGAAGAUUUGGAUCGACACUUCCACGGUACACCCCGAAACAUGCCAUAGAUGCUUCACGAAGCUCACUGAGAGAGGCGCUACGUUUGUGGCAUCUCCAGUAUUCGGGGCCAGUCCGGUAGCGGCCGAGGGAAAGCUCAUAUUCGCCAUUGCUGGCACAGCCAGUGCCAUUGAUCGGCUACGGCCCUUUAUCAUCGAUGUCAUGGGUCGAAAGAUAAUUGAAAUGGGGGAAGACGUUCGUAAAUCAAGUCUUCUGAAAAUCUCCGGCGUCCGAUUCUACGUUCAUGCGGAGGCUCGUCUACUAAUUUCUGCCAGGAACAUUUUUGUACUUGGAUUUCAAGAGCUGAUUGCUGAGGCCCAGGUCUUUGCAGAGAAGUCAGAGCUCGGAACAACACAGAUGGAAGAGUUUAUCGGGAGUAUGUUUGGACCUGUUCUGCAAAGUUAUUCGAAACGUAUGACUUCGGGCGCCUACGCGCCUCCUCUGAAUGUCACCCCUGGCUUCUCAGCGGCUCUAGCUACCAAGGAUUGCAAGCACGCUUUGUCAAUGGCUCAAGAGAAUGGCACGCGUUUGAAGACAUUAGAGGCAGCACUUGGGCAUCUAAUAGCUGCGCGGGAGUAUGCUGGGGAGUCCCUGGAUAGUUCGUCUAUGUAUGGCGCGGUUCGGAUGGAGGCAGAUCUCCCGUUCUGGAAUGAAAACAGUCGACAGAGCAAUUAG